AUGGCAUCUCAAUCCCCUCUUUACAUCGGUUUCGACCUCUCCACCCAACAACUAAAGGGUUUGGUCGUUAACUCCGACCUCAAAGUAGUUUAUAUUGCCAAGUUCGACUUUGAUGCCGAUUCGAAAGGAUUCCCUAUCAAGAAGGGGGUCCUAACCAAUGAAGCAGAACAUGAGGUAUUCGCACCGGUCGCAUUAUGGCUGCAGGCUUUGGACACAGUGUUAGCAAGCUUGCGCGAACAAGGACUGGAUUUUAGCCGGGUCAAGGGUAUCAGUGGAGCCGGUCAACAGCAUGGGAGUGUAUACUGGAGUCACGAAGCGGAAUCGCUGCUCCAGAACCUCAAUUCCGAGAAAUCAUUGGAAGACCAGCUAGAAUCCGCAUUCUCACACCCAUACAGCCCUAACUGGCAAGAUUCGAGUACCCAAAAGGAGUGUGAUGAGUUUGAUGAGGUCCUAGGAGGGCCGGAAGAGCUUGCCCUGGCUUCGGGAAGUAAGGCACAUCAUCGAUUCACCGGACCUCAAAUCCUCCGGUUCACCAGAAAACACCCUGAGAUAUAUGAAAGGACGGCCCGCAUCUCCCUCGUCUCGUCCUUCCUCGCCUCCCUCUUCCUGGGCCAUGUCGCUCCAUUUGAUAUCUCCGACGUAUGCGGCAUGAACCUGUGGAACAUUAAGCAGGGUGCAUAUGAUGACCGUGUCCUCCAGCUAUGUGCUGGGAAGUUUGGAAUCAAUGAUCUGAAAAAGAAGCUGGGCAGUGUACCAGAGGAUGGUGGGCUUCAUCUGGGUUCUGUCCAUCCAUACUACAUCAAGCGCUAUGGAUUUGGUCCUGAUUGCACGGUAAUUCCGGCGACUGGAGAUAACCCAGCGACUAUUCUCGCAUUGCCACUUCUUCCUUCAGAUGCCAUGGUAUCUUUGGGAACUUCUACCACGUUCUUGAUGUCAACCCCCAGCUACAAGCCCGACCCAGCAACUCACUUCUUCAACCACCCAACUACCCCCGGACUUUACAUGUUUAUGCUUUGUUACAAGAACGGCGGUCUAGCCCGUGAAUAUGUCCGUGACGCCAUCAAUGAUGCGAUUCAAGAUACACCUGAUAAUCCCUGGGCGCACUUUGAUAAGAUUGCAUUGGAGACCCCUGCACUGGGUCAAUCUCUCGUAACAGACCCCAUGCGAAUGGGUCUAUUCUUCCCUCGACCUGAAAUUGUACCAAACCUUCACUCAGGCCAGUGGCGAUUCAUUUAUGAUCCCAAGACUGCGACCCUGAGCGAAUCCACAGAAGGAUGGAACAACCCUCACGAUGAGGCCCGGGCCAUCGUGGAAAGCCAGAUGCUCUCUCUUCGCCUGCGGUCCAAGGGCCUGACUCAGAGCCCAGGCAACGGUCUUCCUGCACAGCCACGCCGGGUGUAUCUUGUCGGCGGUGGAUCUAAGAACAAGGCGAUCGCCAAGAUUGCCGGAGAGAUCCUUGGAGGUGUGGAGGGUGUGUACAAGCUCGAUAUUGGUGACAAUGCCUGUGCGCUCGGCGCUGCUUACAAGGCUGUCUGGGGACUGGAGCGGAAACCAGGUCAAACUUUCGAAGAUCUUGUGGGACAACGGUGGAAUGAAGACGAGUUUAUCGAGAGGAUCGCGGACGGGUAUCAGCCGGGCUUAUUUGAAAAAUAUGGCAUGGCGGUCGAGGGGUUCCAAAAAAUGGAGGAUGAGAUUGUCCGUCAAGUGCAUGCUGAGAAGCAUUAG